CUGAGGAAAAGAGGCACAUAAACUGCUGCUCAUCGACUAAAUCAAAGUGCAUGCUAUAUGUUGCGCGUUGUGCGAAAUUCGAGGGGUUUGGGUAAAAAAAAAAAAAAAUCGACUCGGCAAUUCCAAAAGUGUUGGUUUUACUGUGUGAAGCUUGUCUGUAGGAAUUAUGCGUCUUUCCCACCAUAUAUCAUUUCCUCCAUAGUUGUGGUGGGAGCUGGUAAGGUGGGUUAACUCCAGCUCAAGUCUCCGUGAAGCGCAGAGCACUGAUGACGUUGGGUUGGAUGACCAAUCGGGAGGCGCUGCCCUUUGGAGACAAACCAUUUUACUUGUAGUGUCUGCAUCAAGUCUGGAAGCAAGGGCUCAAUUUUAACAGAAUCCACCUUAAAAUCUCUCCCUUAACUUAUGCCUACCUUCCGCCACUUUGAGUGAGCAUAUCACACGACAAGGGGGGAAAUAAAGACGCCUCUGGGAGAAAAAAACGGGUAUUAAUAGGACAAUAUCUGUUCGCGGUGGAGAGGGGGAGAGAGACAACAGCACAGCGAGAGAGAGAAAGCCGAUUUGGUCUUGAGAGAGAGAGGGGGGUGAGUGCUCUCAAGGCAGAAAAUUCGAUGAUGACCAUGACUACGAUGGCUGACGGUCUGGAGGCUCAGGACUCGUCCAAGUCUGCUUUCAUGGAGUUUGGGCAGCAGUCGCACUCACAGCAGAGCUCCCCGUCGAUGGCCAGCGGCCACUACCCGCUGCACUGUCUCCACUCCGGCUCACACGCUCACCACCAGCACGACAACACCGCGUACACCGGGACCAACACCUACAACAGGUCGCUACCCUACCCCUACGUGAGCCAUCCGCACCACAGCCCGUACCUGCCAUCCUAUCACAACAACACGGGAGGACAGACAAGGUUAGACGGCACAGAGCAGCAGAAAACGACGGUGAUUGAAAACGGGGAAAUUCGUUUUAAUGGUAAAGGCAAGAAGAUUCGCAAACCUCGGACAAUUUAUUCCAGUUUGCAGCUUCAAGCACUGAACCACCGUUUCCAGCAAACACAGUACCUCGCCUUACCGGAGCGCGCGGAGCUGGCUGCCUCUCUAGGACUGACACAAACCCAGGUAAAGAUUUGGUUCCAGAAUAAAAGGUCAAAGUUUAAGAAGCUGCUCAAGCAAGGCGGCAACCCGCACGAGAGCGACCCUAUGCCGGGCUCCAUGUCCCUCUCCCCGCGCUCCCCGACCAUCCCUCCAAUAUGGGACGUCUCGGCCUCUUCCAAAGGAGUAAACAUGCCGGCCAACAGCUACAUGCCCGGCUACUCUCACUGGUAUUCCUCUCCACAUCAAGAUUCAAUGCAGAGAUAGACUGAUGAGACAAGAAGGUCAGUGAGCUGUCUGGAGGCCUCCGGAUCUCCGCCAUGCAGUUUCCAACGUAGCCUACAAUUUGUGUCAGCGCAGAGACUGGAUGCUGGAGUGGAGGGAAAAAAAAACUCGGCUACUCCUCUGCUGAAGGAUAAAAACGCAGCCAAGCCUAGGUGUGAUGACACAAACAAGGGAACUAACUUUUCUUUUUUCUUUUUUUUAGCGUACAUGACUGUUCAGUGGGCUCGCAUAUUUGUUAUGCUUUAUUUCAUGUCAACAUCUGAACGUCAAUUAUACCAAAUAUUACCAGUGACAUUUUAGCCACUUUGGGCAAAGACUGCUUACACUCUUCAUGCGCUGUGGCGCCCAGAGCCUUUCGCCACGGUGGACUCCUGCCUGCUAUUUUUUGGUUGUUUCUCCAACAUGCAAAACCAAGCAAAUUGUCUGUCUGUAAAUAUAAUCUGCGAUUUUAGCUGUACAUACACUUUUUAUGUUUUGUCAGAUUGAGUAAACCGUGACUCAAAA